AGAAAGUGAGGAAAAAAGGAAGGGGGCGUGUUGAUGUGUGUGCUCUGCUGCACAGCCUCGGUAGCUGAGCUGAGCGAUGCUCUCUGCCUCUCUCCUUCUCUCUCUCCUUGAGCCGCCUGGCGGUGCCUCUUUCUGCCAAGCUCUGAUGAACCAUUUUAUGCAACAUAGCUGCCACAGCCAUCGUCCUGGUUCUGCUGCCGGCUGCUUUUCUGUCCAUGCUGUACAGUAGGACUCAGCUGCUUUUUCAUCGGCACUUUCUGCAAAGCUGAGGAAUGAAGUCCUGCCCCUCCACUGUGUGAACUACUGUUUUCUAGAGGACACUAGCAGAGCUGAACAACUCCACCCAGACAUUCUGAACCAGCAAAGGCUCCACCAGAAGCUACUGGAGACUGAGAUCAGCACCAGAAGGAAGGAGUGUGAAGCACUCGAGGCAGAGGUGAAGAAAAAGAAUCAAACAUGUCAGACUUUGGAGAAUGAGCUUCAAGGUUUCCUUCAGGAGAACAAGCACUUGAAUCUCCAGUGGUUCAACAACAGCCACAAAGCAUCCGAAUAUGAAAAGGUGAAGUCAGAGUAUGCCCAGCUCAAAGAGACACUUGGUGUUGUGACGCAGGAGAGAGAUUUAGCCCUUUGGGAGAGGAACCAGCUCCAAGGCAAACUGGAGAACCUAGAGCAGGUGCUCAGGCAUAUGCGCGAGGCUGCGGAGCGAAGGCAGCAGCUAGAGUUGGAGCAUGAGCAGGCCUUGGCUGUACUCAAUGCAAAGCAGCAGGAGAUUGACCUUCUUCAGAAGGCUCAGGUUGAGGCUAAAAAGGAGCAUGAAGGUGCUGUCCAUCUGUUAGAGUGUAUGUUUAUGCUUAAACAGAACCACUUGGACAGCAUGCAGGCCAAAGUCCGUGAGCUGGAGGAGAAAUGCCGGAGUCAGAGUGAGCAGUUCAACCUCCUGUCAAAGGAGCUGGAGAAGUUCCGGCUCCAGGCAGGGAAGUUUGACAUCCUCAGCUCUGAGCCGCUGACUGUGAGCGAAUCUCCUGCUUCCCCCAACAAAUCCUUAUCACAGCUGCUUAAUGGAUUGGCGGCACCAACAGAGAAAGGCAGUGAGGCUCCAACCAGCAGAUCUUUGAUAUCAGAGUUUAUUCGACCGCUCCAGAUCGGUGGAGACAAGCCUGAGCUCCUCUCUGUCAAGCCAUCGUUCCUCAGUCGCAGUCGGGCCAGCAGCCCAGCACGAGCUUUCCUCUCUGAGAUGGACAAAGAGCUCCGCUCUUCCAGGUCCAAACCUCGUUUCACAGGGAAAGUUCGUCUGUGUGUUGCUCGAUACAGUUACAAUCCUUAUGAUGGGCCAAAUGAGCAUCCAGAAGCAGAGCUCCCCCUGGUGGCAGGGAAGUACCUCUACAUUUAUGGAACCAUGGACGAAGAUGGCUUUUACGAAGGUGAGCUGCUGGAUGGACAGCGGGGACUCGUCCCUUCCAAUUUUGUGGAUUUUCUAGAAGAUGAUGAGACAACCUCUGUCCAACACAGGGACACAGUGGCUAAAGAACCUGGUUACCUCAACCACAGUAGCCUGGGGCCUCAGCGACAUUUAGCUGGCACAGGAACGGUAACAGGAACGGGUCUAAGCAGCCUGCUGUCUGACGGGAAUCUCGACUGUCUGAGCACCAGCAGUUUGGGCAUGGACCUCCUGGGCUCCUCCAGCAAUGGGACAGGAACCUUGGAUGUCAACAUUGAUGAGGUUGGUGAAGACAUUGUGCCUUACCCCCGCCGCAUCACCCUGAUCAAACAACUGGCCAAGAGUGUGAUUAUUAGCUGGGAUCCUCCUGUGGUCCCACCAGGAUGGGGCUCCAUCAGUGGCUACAAUGUGUCGAUUGACAAGGAGGUUCGGAUGAGUGUCCCCUACGGGGGCAGGACAAAGUCUCUUAUUGAAAAGCUCAAUCUUGCCACAAACACUUACCGCAUCUCAGUUCAAAGCAUCACGGAUCGAGGCCCAUCAGACGAACUUCGGUGCACUCUUCUGGUGGGAAAGGAUGUGGUGGUUGCACCCUAUUACCUACGGGUGGACUGCAUCACGCAGUGCUACGCCGAGCUCUCCUGGAUGCCCAGCAACAGCAACUACAGUCACACCAUCUUCCUCAAUGGUGCGGAGUAUGACAUGGUCAAGGCUGGGGGCUACAAGUACAAGUUUUUCAACUUGAAGCCAAUGACCGUUUACAAGGUGAAGGUUGUUGCACAGCCACAUCAGGUGCCUUGGCAGCUUCCAGUGGAUCAAAGGGGCAAAAGAGAAAUCUCUGUGGAGUUCUGCACUCAGCCUGCAGGGCCCCCUCUUCCUCCUCAGGAGGUGCAGGUCCAAUGUGGUCAGACUCCAGGGGUCCUACAGGUCAGAUGGAAGCCACCCCCCCUGACACCUUCAGGAACUUCUAAUGGGGCCAGUGUAAUAGGCUAUGCUGUUUGCACAAAGGGACAGAAGAUAGCUGAGGUCUUGUACCCCACAGCCGACUAUGUGACCGUGGAUUUAAACAGGAUUCAAGGUCUGGAGGCAAGGGAAGUCAUUGUAAGGACGUUAUCAACCCAAGGAGAGUCCCAGGACUCUCCUGUGGCUGUCAUACCGCACAAUCUCCUGGGCUCCCCACACCUCUCCCACAGAACCACAGUACCUCCUCAUCCUCUGCCCCACCCAGUGCCACAAUCCCACCCAGUUCAUUCUCAAACCCAUCCUCCUUACCCGUCAACAUAUCCCCCAAAUCACCCUCAGCCUCAGAUGCAGCCUCUUCCACAAGCUCAGCCCCACACACUACCCAGUGCACAACCCAUCCACCACCCACCUCCUCCUCAUCCUCAGCCUCAUUUUCAGCGCCAUUCCAUGCCCAAAACAAAACCAUUGCUAAGUGCCAGAGAGCCAGAAACCAAAGAGCAUGAGGUGGGUUUACGGCCAUCCCAGCCCUGGGAGCGCUCCCCCUCUCCGCUGCCUCUCAUGCAUGGACCCAACCUGGAGCCACCACACUUUCCACCAAGGCGAUCGCCCUCUCCUCAGAGGAUCCUGCCGCAGCCUCAGGGAGUCCCCAUCCCCAACACCAUUGCCAAGGCCAUGGCCCGGGAAGCUGCCCAGAGAGCGUUUGCUGAGGGGAACCGGAUUGACAAAAGGAACAUAUUUAGUGAGCGAGGUAAUGCCUUGCAUCCAAUCAACUCUGAUGAAGAAGAGGAUGGCUACGGCUCUCCUCAUGCAAGACGAAGAGGAGCCUCAGUGGAUGAAUUUCUCAGAGGCUCUGAGUUGGGCAGACAGCAAUAUCAUCAUCACUACAGUCACAGCGAGGACUACCACACAGAGAGCAGCCGUGGGUCUGAUCUGUCCGAUAUAAUGGAAGAGGAUGAGGAAGAUCUUUACUCUGAGAUGCAGCUGGAGGAGGGCCGCAGGCGCAGCAUCAACUCUCACAGCACUCUUCAGGCAUAUUACAAGCGUCAGGAUCUGGCUGAGGAAAGAGACUGUUGGGAUCUCCAGAGGGAGGUGGUGAAGCAGAGGUCUCUCCGCAGUAAGCGUCUCCACAGCAUCCCGGAGGUGGCCGAGGAGGAGUCUGACAGCCUGGACAGCUCAGGACAGCGCCUGAGCUUUGAAGAAAGCGGGCAGCCAGGAACACCACAAACUCACCGGAGGAUGUAUCCCCCGGAGACUCACCCACACAACCAUCCCACCUCCAGCAAGAACUCCCGUCUGCAGCGCCAACGUUCCUCCCCUCGCUUCACGGACCGCCGCUUCGGCUACAACAUGGAUGAUCGCAGCUUUGGACGACCCAAUCGGCAAAACACCAAGAGUCCAGACAGUGGUUUAGACUGUGGCAGUGAGGAGGAAGGCUCUCUGGGUCGGGGUCAUCGGGGGUAUUAUGUCCAUGGGAGUCCCAUCCGGGGGCCUGUGCGCAUCAUUCACUGUGAGGGUCCAGUAGAGAGGCGGGCGCUGGCGAUGGGCCGUAAAAGAACUUUGACCCGUCAGUGCAGCGUGGAGGAGGAGUUCUCUGACAUCCCCAUGACCACAGCUAAGUCGAUUCACAUGGGUGAUUUUAGGAACAGGGAGCACUUUGGGCCAGGUCGAGAGGUUGGGCCACGAAUCUACUCCAGAGAAGGAGCCCUGAGCGAGGGCAGACUGAACGAGCUGGACAGGGUCUAUCUCAGCCCCCACAAGGAGGCUAGGGCCCAGUCUUUGUCCAGGCUCAACCGGGACCAGCCGCUGAUCAUUGGGAACUCACCGUCACACGGGAGCCCUGAUCAUCCAGACCAUUCAGGGAGGAGGCCGGUUCACCCCAUCGGUACCCCUCCUAUGAGACGGCCCAUCCCAUCCAUCGAGAUCACCAUGGACAGUAACAGUGAGGGGAGUGAGGGGAACCUCUCACCCGUCAAGGAGGAUGUUUACUAUGGCAGUGUAGCUCGACGCAGGAUAUGGCGAUCUUUGUCCUCUGAAGAUCAAUCUGACAGCUAUGGCGGCCGCAGGCACGGGCGGCGACGACGCUCUCUGGAUUAUUAUGAGGAAUCUGAGCCAGAGGACAUGACCCGUGCGUUUGUGGCUCUGUUUGACUACGACCCUCUGUCCAUGUCUCCCAACCCGGAUGCUGCUGAUGAGGAGCUGCCGUUCAAGGAGGGCCAGAUCAUUAAGGUGCUUGGAAAUAAAGACACAGAUGGCUUCUACAGGGCAGAGAUGCGAGGCCGAGUGGGUCUUAUUCCCUGUAACAUGGUUUCUGAAAUUCAAACAGAAGAUGAUGAAAUGAUGGACCAGCUUCUCAAACAGGGUUUCCUCCCACUAAACACUCCAGUGGAAAAGUUAGUGAACUGCGACCGUUUUAAAGAUGGACGUUCAAUUAAUCGCAGGUCCAGGAAGUCCAAGAGAGAAAGAAACAGGCGAAGUGGACGGCAGUAUCCGAUGUCCACACGAAGGAUGGUGGCCCUGUACGACUAUGACCCCCGCGAGAGCUCUCCGAAUGUUGAUGUUGAGUAUGAAGGCAGCAGACUGAAGGAGGAGGCUGAACUGACUUUCAGUGCCGGUGAUGUCAUCACAGUUUUUGGUGAAAUAGAUGAAGAUGGAUUUUAUUAUGGUGAGCUGAAUGGACAUAAAGGUCUUGUUCCUUCCAACUUUCUAGAAGAAGUGCCUGAUGAUGUUGAGGUUUUUCUCACUGAUUCACCAUCUCGCUACCCCCAGGACACUCCAGCACGGAUAAAGACCAAAAGGAAGAAGAGUGUUCAUUUCACACCUUAAAGGCUCUGUUUCCAUCACGUUCCGUUGGAAAAAUCAUCUCUGUACAGAAGAGCACCCUCUCCCACGGUGCGUCCACACAUCCUCGGCUCUGCCACCGUGGGGCCCGGCAGUCCCUUCAGGGCCCCCAUGGACUUGUACUCCUCCGAAACGAAAAAGGGACUGCUCUCCAAAGGGAAGAAACUGUUACAGAGAUUUGGCGCUGUAAAAUAAUUUUGUUCUCAACACUUGUGCAGUGGCAUCCACUUCCUCGUGAAAUAUCAGGCAGCGCACUGAUGGCAUUUGUGAGCUUAGCAAAUGCUUUAUUUUUGAACAUCUGUUGUGUAUUAUGAUAAAUGUAAUUUGUUACCAGUACAAGCAUAUUUUCAUUACCGGUUUCAUACAUUUGUCCCACAGCCUCCUGGUGUUGGACAAUGUAAUGUUGUGCUACUGGCCUAAGGCUAGGAGUAAACAGGGCCCUGAGUAUUUUAGUUGGGCCACCCCAGCAUCUACUAACUCCAAGCAUCUGGCUAGUAUCCUUUUUUACUCAUGGCUCAGGUAAAGCUUAGUCCACACCACACCACUUGUCCAGAGCAGUCAGUCGCUCAAGGUCUGCAUGCUUUACUUCAGCACAUUGCCUCCUGACCCCUUGAUCAUCCAGUAUAACUGAUCACACUUUGCUGACCCCUCCCUCUCUCAACAAGCUUGUUGGACACUUAGGAAAAAAAGCACGCCUGGUAGAUCAAACCUCCAUGUAUUUGCCUUAUAAUUGCACAAUGGUUAAUAUUUUGUCCAGUAGCUUGCAGUUUUUUUUUUCUCCUAUUCAAUUUCAGUGCUAUUCCAUAGUUAACCGAUGUUAAAAUGUGGCUUGUGAUAUGCAGGGUGACUGGUGUUUCCUAGAGCCAGAACUUCCAUGCUGUUCUGUGUCCACUGUCCAUCCAACCCUUUCAAACUACAUUUGUGACUAAGGAUAGGGCACGUCAGUGUAAACUAAUUUAGAACAUGAAAGAAAACCUCAAGGACAAGUUUCAUAGUGGUAUUAGCAACAAAUCUGGUUUGUGCACGCAACCCUUCAGAUCAUUAGUAUUCUAACUUCUUGCAGUGAGACAUGGCUUCCUCUACUGGCCCGUGUAUCCCUCCAACAUUAGUUCUAUCCAACCCAGUCAUUGACGCCUGUUCAGUGUCCAAAAUUAAGCUGCUGCAGGAUAUAAGUACUGUAUAUCAUAAUAUCUACACCUUAAUGUAGUGAAUGUAAAAUAAAUUGAAAGCCUAUGUAUUUUCAGAGCUGCCCCAGAGCCCGAUUUUGUGCAUGAGAAGUAACUGUCCACCCCCAUCUCCCGUUUUUCCAUUUCAUUGCAUCAAUUAGAAAACCAAUAAAAAUCAAAGCCUGAUUUCUACUCAAGUUGAAGUAAAACUGCCAAAAAAGAAAGAAAAAAAAAGGGAAUGUACACUAAACAUUCUAAUACUUUCUUACACUUUUUUGGCCGAGCAGCUGUAGCGAUCUAUGGUUAACUGAUCCUAUUUCUGGACCACGUCCACUGACAUUACUUCAGAUUUGAGUGACAGCUCUUUUUGUACUUUGAUCAUUUGUAAAAUUGUUUUUAAAUGUUUAUACUUGAUUUUCAAACUGCCUUUUUUGUACAUAUAACUUUAUAAUCAAACUGCAAGCUUUCCCCAUGGUGUCUUUAAGACCAUCCUGUUAAGUCUGCAAUUGUGUGCUAGCUUUGACAAGAACUAUCGGCCUAUACAGAUGGUUACAAAAAUCUUGUGUGGGUGUGCAUGUGUGAUCUUUUUUAAAAAGAAAAAUUCUAAAUAAAUUUAUUAUUUUGUUA